AGUAAGGAACCUAAAACAGUCCAAAACGUCCUUAUAGGGUGCAGCGAUUUCAAUCCUCGUUUUGGUCCCAGUCCCUGAACAAAGGGCAAGUUGCAACUCGUAAUUCAGCCACAGUUGCCGCGAUUGGGAAGAGAGAAGGCUUCCAAAGCAGAAUUGAGAAAAGGAAAUAAAGGCAAAGUCACUGAUAAAUUUUUGAAGCUCAAGCUCUUCAACGAUGUACGGAGGAGAUGAAGUUUCGGCCAUUGUCAUAGACUUGGGUUCCCAUACUUGCAAGGCUGGUUACGCUGGAGAAGAUGCUCCCAAAGCGGUCUUCCCUUCCAUUGUUGGAUCAAUUGAUCAAAUGGAAGUUGAUAAUCUUGAUAAUCGAGAUAACAAUUCUGGCCCUGUCCCGGACCCUAAACCCAAGGGUAAGCGCAAAUUGUAUGUAGGAUCUCAAGCAAUGGGUUUCCGCAGGGAUUAUAUGGAGGCACUAUCACCCAUUAAGGAGGGAAUAGUUGCUGACUGGGAUAUUGUUGAAAACAUUUGGGACCAUGCCUUCAGGGAAUGCUUGCUAAUUGAUCCAAAAGAGCAUCCCAUGCUAUUGGCGGAGCCAUGUUCUAAUACUCAACAGCAGAGAGAAAAGGCAGCAGAGCUUAUGUUUGAAAAAUACCAAGUCCCUGCUCUGUUUUUGGCCAAAAAUGCCGUUCUGACAUCUUUUGCAUCAGGACGAGCCACCUCCUUGGUCGUAGAUAGUGGUGGAGGAUCAACUACUAUUGCCCCCGUGCAUGAUGGAUAUGUUCUUCAGAAGGCUGUCACAACAUCUCCUAUUGGAGGAGAUGUUCUUACUGAAUGCUUGAUGAGAAGUUUGGAGCAAAAGGGUGUCUUUAUAAAGCCUCGAUAUUCUUUCAAAAGAAAAGAAAUUAGGCCUGGAGAAUUUCAGACAAUGGAUCUUGACUUUCCUGAUACAACAGAAAGUUACAAAUUCUAUUGCCAGAAAGUUAUUGCCAGUGAUAUCAAAGAAUGUGUGUGCCGAGCCCCAGAUACACCGUAUGAUGAUAGUUCUUACUCAAAUAUUCCAAUGACACCUUACGAGCUCCCUGAUGGGCAGACAAUAGAAAUUGGAGCAGACAGAUUCAAGAUCCCUGACAUAUUAUUUAAUCCUUCUCUGGUUCAGACCAUCCCUGGUAUGGAAAAUUUUUCCGAGACUACAGGUUCCCUCCGUGGCCUGCCACAAAUGGUGAUUGAGAGCAUAAACAGGUGCGAUGUUGACAUCCGAAGAGAACUCUAUAGCAGUAUAUUGCUUGCUGGGGGAACAGCAUCGAUGCAACAAUUGAAAGAACGCCUUGAGAAGGAUUUGCUUGAGGAGUCUCCCCAAGCAGCAAGAGUUAAAGUGCUGGCAAGUGGAAAUGCAACUGAAAGAAGGUUCAGUGUGUGGAUAGGCGGCAGUAUACUGGCAUCACUUGGUUCUUUUCAGCAGAUGUGGUUUUCAAAGUCUGAGUAUGAAGAACAUGGGGCUUCGUAUGUUCAAAGAAAAUGCCCGUAAUCUGCACCAGUUGUCCAGCCUGUGACUGACAUCCUGUAACUCAUAAUUUGCAUCUCGUAUCGUCUAACUUUGGAUCAUGUGCAUGUUAUGAACUUGGGUGGUUAAUAUAGAUUUUUGCAGCUUUUACAGUCUAGUUAAUGUUAAUCUGCCAUUUAUUGUUUAGCUUCUAGUCUAAUACUACUUAGCCUGAGGAAAAAGAUGCAAUCUGUAGUGUAUAAAUAAUUGUUUUGGUCAUUUAACAUUAUCUUAGGAUUUCAUAUGUAGCUUACCUACUGCUUCAUCGACAUGACUUGUUUACUCAUAUUUAAAAGCAGUACAUAAUUAAUCUCCCAGAAAAGAACCUGGUUUGCUUCAG